AUGGAUACCGGACCCGCCUUGUUCACCGCAUCGCGGACUCAAACGUUGACUUACUUGUUGGCGGUUUGCUCGUUCUCCAUCGCCUUUCUGGUCUUUAUCAAUUCCUCACUUUCAUUUGUUGUGACAGAUCUUCUUGGAGUCAGUGAGGGAGAAGGCGAUGCAGUGGGGACGCUGGGAUUUGCCGAUGAGCUUCUCGCACUUGCGGCGUGUCCGCUGUGGGGUGUGCUCUCUGAUAGAAUCGGAGUGAGGCUUGUCUGUACGAUUGGCUACGCGAUCAUUGCCGUGGCGUUAAUUCUCUUCGUACAAGCCAAAAAUGUUUAUCCGCAAUUGCUCCUGGGGCGACUGUUCUUUAGCAUUGGCGGCGCUGCGGUAUCCACGAUGGUGACUGCCGUACUUCCGGCUGUCACGAGCAGAAGUCUGCAGAGUUCUGUCAAUCGCGCUGAACAGUCCACGACUCCAACCCAGUCAACUGGAGAGGAAGGCGAAACUGAUUGUCAGAGCGCAGCUACCAGCUCUCGUGCAUCCCCGUCAGCUCGACUAUCAGGAUUCGUGGGGCUCUUCGCAGGCUGUGGUGCCCUGAUAUCUCUCGGGGUGUUUCUCCCUCUUCCCGCUCGAUUCGAGAAAAGAGGACUCUCUCCGGCAGAGGCAAUCCGGCAAAGCUACUAUGUAGUCGCCGCGGUGGCCAUGGCCAUCAGCCUCGUCAGCUUUGUUGGACUACGGAAUUUGCCGGAUGAGGACAGAAAAAAUCCGCGUACGUUCUGGCUCAACCAGUCCACUCACAGCCGACGUGACGAGUAUGCUGGAGACGUUCCAGAGGGACACGACGAAAUCCAGCAUGGCCUGCGUAGUUUGCCAUACUGGAAGCAGUUCACCACCGCCUUGUUGCUCGGAUUCCGCAAUCGCAGAAUCGCUCUGGGAUACAUCGGGGGGUUCGUCGCGCGCGCCUCCUCGGUAGGAAUCUCUCUGUUCAUCCCACUGGCAGUGAAUCAUUAUUAUCGCGUGUCCGGGGUAUGCGACGAAGAUCACGAGCCGUUGCCUGGAUCAGGACUUGGUGAGAUAAGAAAAGCUUGUCCACGAGCAUACAUCUUGGCAUCGAUUUUGACCGGGGUAUCCCAACUCGUUGCUCUGAUUGCGGCCCCCGCAUUUGGAUAUCUUACCGACAAGUCCCGGCGGUACAAUGUGCCCUUGCUUGUGGCGGCUCUGGUCGGCGUGGUGGGAUACCUCGCCUUUGGGCUCUUGCCCAAUCCACAAUUCAAAUCACCGGAUGGCAACCCUGGUGUCUUCAUUAUUAUGGGCCUCAUUGGCAUCAGUCAAAUCGGCGCCAUCGUUUGCAGCCUGGCCGUUCUCAGUAACGGCAUUCUUGAAGUUGGCGUGUCUGAGGGCGUGCUAGCUGAAAUAUACGAUCGACGAGUUGAGAAUUGGGGGACGGAUGGUGGCAUCGGAGGAGAGCAACAGCCGUUACUCUCUCGCUCGGCCGAUGACCGACUCCAGCAUCUUUCUCAUUUGAAGGGCUCCAUCGCUGGGGUCUACUCGCUGUACGGUGGCGCGGGUAUUCUGAUCCUUACCAAGAUCGGCGGACUCUUGUUUGACAAGGUUUCAGCGGGGAGUCCAUUCUAUAUCAUGGCUGUAUUCAACGCAUUUCUGCUUGCCGCGGGUGCAGUGUGUGGAAUUUGGAAUCAGAUUGCUCGAUCCAAGAUUGCAUCAGAGUAA